UUGCGAUUGGUCGAUAUGAAAAUACGGAAUUUCACGUUUUAGUAACUGAAACUGAGCUGGUUAUUAGGAUAAUGGAAAAGAUUUUAUGUGAUGUUCACGGCAGUGUGUGUAUGUUAAAGACGGGCGUGAAAGAUGGACCAAAUAAAGGGAAAAGCUUCUACGUCUGCGUGGACAAGCAAGGCUGUAAUUUCAGCCAGCUGGCCAGUGUCUCACAAUCCCACUGCCUCAGUCAUGAAGAUUCGGUGGUGGAGCUCCAAGCUCUUACCUACGUUCAACAACUACAGAGCUACAGGUUAUACUACCGGUGCAUUAUAGGUAAAAAAGAAGGCCAGAGAUGGUGUGGAAAUGUGCCUUGGACUACACCAGACAAAGAAAAAAGAAAUCCUCUAUCUGACAAACAGCUGCAGCCCCCCUCACUGCCAUCUAUCCGGAACCCAUUUAAGGCCCCUGACAAGACGGACAAGAACUCUAAGUUGAGAGACCUGCUGAUUUGUGGAGGUGAUGAGAAAGACAGCACAGCAAGUCACAAGGCUGACGAAGGAGAACGUUAUCAGAAAGCAAAUGGAGAGACCGUAGAUGCAGGAGUGAAGGAAGAAGAGGAAGAGAACCUGAAUUCACUGGGUACUUACCAAGGGAAACUACUUCCUGUGGGGAUGAAGUUAAAGAAGAGAGUUACAGAUGAGGAGAGGAAUGGCCGCCAAGCUAACGAUGCAGAAAGAAUGACAAGUGAGACUAAAAACAAACACACAGAGCAGGGAGAAGAAGGAAAAACGGCAGUGAAACAAACUGACCCUACUAUAAAGGAGAGUGCCUCUAAAUUUGCACCCAGCAGCUGCGCUGAUGCUUCCAUAGUCUCUGAUAACACAAGAGACCCCACAGCUAACAAACCAGCACAAUCAGAGAGCGGUCACACCAAAACUCCCCAUGACAAUGAUGAUGUCAUGAUAGUGUCAGUGAAACUUGCUACUCAGAAAACUCCUCCUGUUUCUGCUGUUCAAAAGACCCUGACCACCUUCCCAGGAUUUAAAAAGGCCACUCUGUCUGUGGUGAAUGUGGUGGCUCUACCUGAUAAAGGGGAGAGGUUGAAGAGUCAGGUUAAGGAGCUGGAGGAAGCACUAGAGUCUCUGAGUCUCACUGCUGCUUCUCAGCCUGAGUCCCAGUGUGAAUUUAACAGCAGGGUUAGUGGCCAGGUCAACCCAUUCAGCAGACAGGGAGGCACUAUCCUGCUCCCUUCUCCUCCAGCCCCGGGCCUGUCACAGCACCAGGCCUCCAGUAGCUCCCUGGGGCUCCAGCUGAGCCAGGGAUACACCCAGAUGUAUGGAGUAGACCAACAGGCCCAGACCUUUUAUGGUGGAAGGAUGACUGAGGACCGUCUCCUGGCAGUGAAAAAUGCCACCUGUGAGGCCAUCGACCAUCUUCACAAAUCCCUGGAGUCCUGUCCAGAGUCUGAUGCCGAAGCUCCAGACCCCAAGGGCAUCAAGGUAUCACUCCUGGCUCAUCAGAGGAGUGCUUUGGUCUGGCUGCUCUGGAGAGAAACCCAGACACCCUGUGGAGGAAUUCUGGCGGAUGACAUGGGUCUGGGCAAAACCCUGACAAUGAUUUCUCUCAUACUGACCCAGAAGUUCAAGGGAAAAGAAGAAGAUGAAAAGGAGGAGGAGAAGCAACUCGAGAAAUGGAUCUCCAAAACUGACUCCAGAAUUGUGACAUCUAAAGGCACUCUGAUCAUCUGCCCUGCCUCCCUGAUCCACCACUGGAAGAAGGAGAUUGAGAGACAUGUUAAAAGAGGCAGGCUGACUGUGUACCUGUACCACGGCCCCAGGCGAGAGAAAAGUGCUAGAGUGCUGGCAGGAUAUGAUGUGGUGGUGACCACAUACAGUUUGGUCUCUAAGGAGAUUCCAGUCCAGAAGGAAGACGCUGAGACACCCAGCACAGAUGCUCAUGAUGUGCCUACUUGCUUAAGUCCUCUUCAGCAAGUGGCCUGGGCUCGUGUGAUUCUUGAUGAAGCCCACAACAUCAAAAACCCCAAAGUGCAGACAUCCAUGGCUGUGUGUCAGCUAAGGGCUCAUGCCCGCUGGGCAGUCACUGGUACACCAAUCCAGAACAACCUGCUGGACAUGUACGCACUGCUGAGGUUUCUACGUUGUUCUCCAUUCGAUGAGUAUAAACUGUGGAAAGCUCAGGUAGAUAACUGCUCUACGAGAGGCAGAGAGAGACUCAACAUCCUGACAAAGAGUCUGCUGCUCCGACGAACCAAAGACCAACUGGACUCCAAGGGAAAACCACUGGUGCUUCUUCCUGAUCGAACCUGCUUCGUGCAUCAACUGAAACUGUCAGUGGAUGAGCAGGCUGUCUACGAUAUGGUCUUUACCCGAUCCAGAUCUACUCUGCAGAACUACCUGAAGAAACAUGAAGAAAAAGAUGUGAACCGGGGAAAUGCUUCCAGUUCCAAUCCCUUUGACAAAGUGGCCCAAGAGUUUGGUAUAUCCCAUGCUCAUCCAGCUGUGUCAGGCUCCCAGCAAUCCCAGCAGGCUUCCAGCACCGUCCACAUCCUGUCCCUGUUGCUGCGUCUACGACAGUGCUGCUGUCACCUGUCCCUCCUUAAGAAGACUCUUGACUCGUCAGAGCUGCAGGGUGAUGGGAUUGUCUUGUCUCUAGAGGAGCAGCUUAACGCUCUGUCGCUCUCCUCCAGUGCCUCAUCAUCAGACCCCGAUGCCAAAGACACUGUGAGCCUUAAUGGCACUCGCUUCCCCUCACAUCUGUUUGAAGACACCACUGAGAGCACCAAGAUUUCUGCCAUCUUCUCUGAGCUGGAGGCAAUCAGACAGAAGAGUAAUGAUCAGAAAAGUGUGAUUGUGUCCCAGUGGACCAGCAUGCUCCGCAUUGUUGCAGUUCAUCUGAAGCUGAUGGGCCUGAGCUAUGGAGUUAUCGAUGGGACUGUCAACCCCAAACGUCGCAUGGACCUGGUGGAAGAAUUUAACACUAACCUUAAAGGCCCACAGGUGAUGCUGGUUUCUCUUUGUGCUGGAGGAGUCGGACUCAAUCUCACUGGUGGAAAUCACCUCUUCCUCAUUGACAUGCACUGGAACCCAGCCUUAGAAGAUCAGGCCUGUGACCGUAUCUACAGGGUUGGACAAAGUAAAAAUGUCACCAUCCACAGGUUUGUGUGUGAAAACACAGUGGAGGAGAAGAUUUCCAUACUACAGUUGAAGAAGAAGGAGCUGGCCCAGAACGUGCUGUCAGGAACAGAAUACGCCCUCACCAAACUCUCCCUGGCUGAUCUCAAAAUCAUUUUUGGUGUCUGAGGAUGUGGUACCACACUGUAAAACCCAAAGCUACAGCACCACUCAGCUGCUCAUACACAACUUCAAAAUGCAGGGUAAUCUGAAAAGCCUUGAAAUAGCCUAAUAAGUUAAAUACAUCUAAGAGUUUAUUUUCUACCGUGUAAUGAGAGGUUUCUUUGUGCUGCCUGACCUUUUUUCACUUUUAAUCAAGUAGUGUUUUUUCAUCUGCAUCCCAGCAGCUUUACAAAAUGUUAUUGGACUUAAUGUACCUUAACAUUGUUCCAAGUUUUCCUUUUCUAUUAACUGUUUAUAAUUUCUGAACUGCCGUUAGCUGUGACCACUCGGACAUAUUCUGUUUAACAUGUUUAUUUUAAGUUGAUCUGUAACUUCAUACAUCCAGAUCUGUUGUUCUAGUGGUGAUGUUGGUACUUGAUGGUCAUUAGUUCUUCUUAAGAGCCACAUGAAGCUGGUCAUAAAGAGGAAAUCUUAAAUUAUUCUUUUGCUGUUGAGCACUAGAGAAGCAGCAACUGCAGCACUGUUGUGGAGUUGUACUAAACUGUUACUAACUAUUGUUGUAUACAUUUUGAUAUGUUAAAAUAAAUUCACCUGAUCAUAUGUAAUGUGAGUGCU